AUGCUCAUUUACUAUUCUGAAAAUCUUAGGGCCCUUAAAAAUUAUGCGAAAUCUACUCUACCUGUGCUCUAUAAAUGGAACCACAAAGCCUGGAUGACAGCACAUCUGUUUACAACAUGGUUUACCGAAUAUUUUAAGCCCACUGUUGAGACCUACUGUUCAGAAAAAAAGAUUCCUUUCAAAAUAUUACUGCUUAUUGACAAUGCACCUGGUCACCCAAGAGCUCUCAUGGAGAUGUACAGUGAAAUUAAUGUUGUUUUCAUGCCUUCUAACACAACGUCCAUUCUGCAGCCCAUGGAUCAAGGAGUAAUUUCAACUUUCAAGUCAUAUUAUUUAAGGAACACAUUUCGUAAGGCUAUAACUGCCAUAGAUAGUGAUUCUUCUGAUGGAUCUGGGCAAAGCAAAUUGAAAACCUUCUGGAAAGGAUUCACUAUUCUAGAUGCCAUUAAGAACAUUCGUGAUUCAUGGGAAGAGGUCCAAACAUCAACAUUAACAGGAGUUUGGAAGAAGUUGAUACCAGCCCUCAUAGAUGACUUUGAGGGACUCAAGACUUCAGUGGAGGAAGUAACUGCAGAUGUGGUGGAAAUAGCAAGAGAACUAGAAUUAGAAGUGGAGCCUGAAGAUGUGACUGAAUUGCUGCAAUCUCAUGAUAAAACUUUAACAGAUGAGGAGUUGCUUCUUAUGGAUGAGCAAAGAAAGUGGUUUCUUGAGACAGAAUCUACUGGUGAAGAUGCUAUGAAGAUUGUUGAAAUGACAACAAAGGACUUAGAAUAUUACAUAAACUUAGUUGAUAAAGCAGCGGCAGGAUUUGAGAGGAUUGACUCCAAUUUUGAACGAAGUUCUACUGUGGGUAAAAUGCUUUCAAACAGCAUUGCGUGCUACAGAGAAAUCGUUCAUGAAAGGAAGAGUCAAUUGAUGUGGCAGACUUCACUGCUGUCCUAUUUUAAGAAAUUGCCACACCAACGCCAGCCUUCAGCAGCCACCGACCUGAUCAGUCAGCAGCCAUCAACAUCCAGGCAAGACCCUGCACCAGCAAAAAGAUUACGACUCACUGAAGGCCCAGAGGAUGGGAGACAGUAUCCGGAUUGAUUCGAAUUCUUGGACAUCCUGCUGGCAUCUGAGAAUUUCUUGUUGGAAACCCGGGGCCUAAAAUGUUCAGCAGGAGCUCGCUUCUCGGUGUAAUGAGAGGUCACGGCCACUAGAUGGAGACAUUCCUUCAGCGAAUUUCUCUGCGAAGCCUCGUCCUGAGUUGUGCUCCGGUGGGGAUGGCAGGGCUUCGGCGCUUCUCUAAAGGCAAACGUUGUUUUUUCAAGCAAUUUCCCCAAACUGCGACGCUGAGGCUCUUUAGGCAGCAGAGGGACGAACGUGUUUUAAUUUAUUCAUUAUAUAUUUAUUAUGUAUUUGUUUGAAUGUGUAAUAGAAAAAAUACAACAAAUACGUUAAGGCCAUGAUGUUAUUUGUUUGACUUAGGAUAAGGACACGUUUUGUGUUUUAAAAAGGGUUACAUUUAAAAUUAAUUUAAAGAAAAUUAUGAAGUAACUAUGAGAAGUGACGUGUGAAUGUGGCAAAAGCUGUGUGGGCGCUCAGGCCGCUGGGCUUUGGGGACAGCGCUGGGGGGGUUCAGCAGGAACCCCUUAACCGCAGCGAGAAUGGGAAGUUUCAUUUCCAGA